AUGUCUUCCAAAUCCGCCGUUCGCCGCGUCGCAAACGCGCUCAGCAGUCCCGCCCUGCGUCCAUCACGGAGAGCUGCCGCCGCCACCACCAAUACCACCGCCAGCACAUCACAACGAUGCUUCAGCAAUGCGCCACGAACAAGCCCGCUCUCCGCGUCGAGAGGACAGCAGCGACCCUCCCUCCACCCGGAUGGCCAACUCACAUCCCGCUCCGCCAUUCCUGCGACAAYAGCCAAGCGUACAAUCUUCAUCCAGACCGAAGACACACCCAAUGCCGAUGCGCUCAAGUUCAUGCCCAACCAMCCCGUCCUACCCGAUAACUUCCCCUCCACCUUCCUCGAAUACCUUUCCCCGCGCUCCACUCUCGCGCCUCCUCAUCCCUCUCCACUCGCGGCGCAACUCAUGAACGUCGACGGAGUGACCAGCGUCUUCUACGGCAAAGACUACAUUACAGUCACCAAGAAUAGCGACACCAACUGGGCGCAUGUCAAACCCGAGGUCUUCAGCCUCAUCACUGAAGCGGUGACCAAUGGUCAGCCCAUGGUAAACACAGUCGAGGCGAAGUCCGGCGAGGAAGCUGGCCAGGGAAGCUCCAACAGCGAUGUGGAAGCCACGUACGAUCCCGAAGAUGAAGAAGUCGUAGGCAUGAUUCAAGAACUCCUCGACACACGGAUCCGACCCGCAAUUCAAGAAGAUGGCGGCGACAUUGAAUUCCGUGGUUUCCACGACGGACAGGUCAUGUUGAAGCUACGUGGAGCGUGCAGGACAUGCGAUAGCAGUACCGUGACACUGAAGAACGGCAUUGAGAGUAUGUUGAUGCACUACAUUGAGGAGGUCAAGGGUGUACAGCAGGUCUUGGACCAGGAAGAGGAGAUUGCCAUUCAGGAAUUUGCGAAGUUUGAGGAGAAGCUCAAGGCACAGAAGGGAGAGGCUCCUCUUGCGCAAUGA